AAGGUUAAUUAUGGAUCAUUCUCUUUAUGUUGUCGUUGGCCAAUAUUAGAAGUAGCACUACAUGUGAUAGGAGAGCUCUGUUCCUCAGUAGUUGCAGUGCUUUCUCCAAACACAUGAAACCUUGAACUGAAGAGGCUCUAGUGCGGAGAAGCACAAGGCAGAUUUUACUAGUAGAUCGUGCAUAAAGGUUUAAUGUAGGUGGAACUUGUCUGUUUACCGUAUAAGUAGUCUUGACAGUUUUUUUUCUGCAGCAGGAUAUAAAGUCGAGAAGCUUUGGUUUGGAAUCAUUUCGUCUGAGGACAGAGGAGUUCUUGACGGAUUUGGUCCUAUCUGAAUCUGAAUGUGAGAGCUGAAGUUUUGGGGAAAAGGAAUUACAAGCCAUUACAAUGGAAUUUGUUAUGAAACAAGCUUUGGGAGGGGCCACCAAAGACAUGGGGAAAAUGCUUGGUGGUGAUGAAGAGAAGGAUCCUGAUGCAGCAAAGAAAGAAGAAGAAAGACAAGAAGCAUUGAGACAGCAAGAGGAAGAAAGAAAAGCUAAAUAUGCAAAGAUGGAGGCAGAAAGGGAAGUUAUGAGACAGGGCAUUCGGGAUAAGUAUGGAAUAAAGAAAAGGGAAGAGAAGGAAGCAGAGGCCCAAGGUGCAAUGGAGGCUGCAGCAGAAGGCAGCCUGACACGGCCAAAGAAAGCAAUACCACCAGGAUGCGGUGACGAGCCAGAAGAAGAAGAAGAAAGCAUUCUUGAUACUGUCAUUAAAUAUCUUCCUGGCCCACUUCAAGAUAUGUUUAAAAAAUAAUGAAUGCAUACUGAACUUUUUUCUUUUUAAAUAAUCAUAAGGUAAAAGACGUUUUGGUUGCAGAUGGAGAAUUAUACUGUUCACCUUUUACCAACCUCACUUUCCUCAACCAGAUUCACCUACUCCUCUUGUAAAUAGUCAUAUAACCUCUGAACUGAUGUAAAGAUUAUGACUGGCAGAUGAAAAAUCUCAAUAUAAGCCAUAGUAAUAUGUUAAAGGAAAAGCUGCACACAGCAUAUUAAAAAUAUGCUUUUUUGUUUAAUUUAAAUAAUUCACAGAGAAGGUAUUUUUGUUUUAACAUGAACAAACAUCUGUUUUCAUUGGUCUUCAAAUCUUCAUCAGUUCUUGGCUUGCCCCCAAACUGGAGAACACAAUAUUACUUGCUUUCCCUUUAUGCAACACAGUGCUCUCAUGAGUAGUUCAGCACACUAACAUGGAUGAAGGCAAUGAUGAUAUAACAAAUUUUGUUUCCAGCUUAAUUUCAGUGCAAUCAGCCAUGCUUUUACCAGGUGAGGAAAUUUUUCCAGGUCAGGAAGGGAAUGCUCUGGGGAGAAAAAGUGCCUUGCAGCGUGAGUUGCAUGGUUGAAAAUGUAAGCACUAGAGAUCACAAAGCUAACUUUUAAAACAGCUUCAGAUAACACAGUCAUGGACAAUCAAGUUCUCACAACAUUUGGUAUCAGGUUAACAAAAACAAUAAUAGAUGAGCCACAAACACAAAGCUAAAACAGUGCAAUACCAUGCACAGCUAUUAGCCCAGAUUUGUUGAUUAAUUUUGCUGCUGUGCAGUGUAUCACAUUUUAUGUGCACAUAACUUUUUUUUUUUGUUCUCAGAAGAGAAGCCAUUGUAAAUUCUACUACACAUGAGCAUUGAUACAGAAUAUUAUCAAUCAUUAUUAUUGUGUGGCUCGUAAUAAUAACAGACUUUUUCCUUGUGUAUAAGAUGCCCACUUUUAAUAUUUUUUAAACCUAUAAAUUGAGUUUACAAAAUAUACAGCAGUGUAUUGCACAGUACAUACUCAGAAUCAUUGACAGAGAGUGGCAAAUAAGGGCAGAGUAAGAACAACAGGAAAAUUCUGCAAUAUAAGUGCAUGUGUUUUGUGUGAUUUUAUUUACACACACACACACACACACACACACACACACACACACACACACACACACACACACACCUGAAAAAAACAGCAAUCUGAUUGGCUAACAAAAUAUUAACACACAUAUAAAAUAUGUCCCUCUGAAAAUCACCCUAAAACCAAAAAUAAAGUCAUCCUAUAUUUGUUAAGCAGUUCACAACAGCCUAGGUACAUGCCUCAACAAUUCAUUUGUCUGUGUGUUAUUCCUUAUAGAUAUAUGUAUACGGUUUGUUUGUUCCAAUGCUUCUUUUGUCGAUGUGUGAAUUUGGUCAGUUUUAUAAUUAGUUCACAAUUGGUUGAAUGUGCACAAAUGGAGUUAUUGUGAGAAUGUGUGACAGUGGGG